CUCGAGACGACUGUUACAUUGCUCAACGCGCUCACAAUGGCCAAGAAGAGCGCAAACCCCGCAGACGCGUUCCGCAAGGCCCAGCGCGCCAAGGAGAUCAAAAAGAACAAGGAUGAGCGCAAGAAGAAGCGCGACGAGAAGACGGUGAAGCGGGAUACGCGAGACCUCGAGGGCGAGAUCAAGUCGCUCAAGGCGGCGAGCAGCCUCAACGACGAGCAGAAGGCGCGGCUGACUUCGCUCGAGUCGGAGCUCAAGUACGUCUCCAAGCUCAAGGACAAGUACGUCAAGGCGCACCCCGAUGCCGCAGACAGGGUGUACAAUACCGAGCGGCGCGGCGGCGACCGCCCGGGCACCUGGCGCCGGCCAGAGGACGAGGCGGACGCGGAAUCCAGCACCCCCGCGGUCGACCCGCGCGCGCAUCUCUACCACCCGGACGGGACGCUGCGCGACCCCAAACGCAGCGCGUACUACCAUGCGACGUAUAACCCGUUUGGCGUGCCCCCGCCAGGCAUGCCGUACAAGGAGCGAGACGACUUGCCCUCGAGCGACGAGAGCAGCGACGACGAAGAUGAGGAGGACAGUGAUAGCGACAUUGUCAUGCCUGAAGGUCCCAGGCCAGGCGAGGAGUCAGACGCAGACAGUGACGACUCGGACGACAUCCCAUUGCCUGAGGGCCCGCCCCCGCCACGACUGCCACCGGGUGGCCCGCCUGCUGCGGCACCGUUUGGAGGACCGCCACCACCAUUUGGCGCGCCGCCAUUCGGUGCACCGCCAUUCCCCGUACCGCCAUUCGCACGCCCCCCUCGCCCAGCAUUCACCCCCGUGACAGCGCCAGGUGUCGGCUGGGGCCACUUGAUGGACGCCCCCACGCCGCCGCAGCGGCGGCCGCAGAACGGGGCGGGUGCCGGCCCCAGCAGGCUCCCUGCUCCCCCCGCCUCGCUGCCUGCCAAGCCUGGCACUGCUACUUCCGCCUCGGUGAUCGCUACUUCGACAACAAAGAGCACAGCAACGAGCCCGCCUGGGUCGUCAUCUAGUGGCGCACCGCCCACCGCACCAGCACCAAGUCAAGCGAGCAACACCAGUGCAGCGGCCAGUGCAGGCAACGCCAAAGCCGCCACUAUAUCCGCAGCACCGCAGCUGCGUGACCUGCGGAAGGAGACGACGGUCUUUGUUCCACGCGGGGUCAAGCGCCGCGCUCCCGGGGUGCCCAGCGUCAAUGCCACGCCCGGUGCCGGGGUUGUAGAUGCGGAUGGUGACGUCGUGAAGCGUACUUCCGACUCGGGCCCAGGUCUGUUGGGUAAGCUGCAGGCGGUGGGGGUUGCGCCGACGCCGAGGGGUGGAGGUGGACGCGUCGGUGCGGGUGGACACGCGGCGUCGGCAGGUGUCACCGGCACCGAGGCCGAGGAUGAUUACGAGCGGUUCUUGGAGGGGCUAGAGUAG